UAUUUCGUUACAUUUUCCCCAUGAUAUCUGCUUCGCCAGGACAGGGUCUCUCCCUAGUCCUCUUUCUCAGCGUAUUAGCCACUUCUAUAGAGUUGGAUUUGCUGGAUAAGAGUGAAUUUGUAGGGCAAGGUAAAGUGAGAGUUGCCCGCGGAGCAGCCCACACAGACAGGUCCUAUUACUGGCCUAAUGGUACGAUACCCUACGUUAUGUGGCCCGCCCUGGAGCUGGAUUUACCUUCGUACCGAAGACGGAUAGAAAGUGCUAUUUGGGAGAUAGAACUGCACUCUUGUGUACGAUUUGUGGAGAAAAGGGGUGAAGAUGAGGACUAUGUGGUACUGUAUGACAGCUUGGGGGGAUGUUACUCUGACAUUGGGAUGCAGGGAGGAGCUCAGAUAACCGCAGUGGGAAGGGGUUGUUCGUCCCGGGGUAAUGUUCUGCACGAGCUGCUCCACACUGUCGGCAUGUGGCACACUAUCGCUAGAAUAGACAGGGACAAGCAUAUCAGAGUCAACUGGGACAAUAUGGAUCUUAGAUAUUGGAGGAACUUUCUGAGAGAGCCUGAAGACUACGUGACUUGGUUCAAUGAAACGUACGACUUAAACUCAAUUAUGCACUACAGUGGUCACCAGUUUAGUAAGAAUGGACUGCCUGUUAUUGAACCAUUAGACAAAAGUGCAAUAAUUGGACAGCGGCGCGGAAUGAGCCAAGGAGAUAAACAACUUCUUCAUAAAAUGUACAGCUGUCAAGGGAGAGGGAAGUGUGCGCUGAAAGGAGCUUGUGUGUCUGGUAUUUGCCAGUUAUAUCAGGGAGAGCACGAAUGCGUUUGUAAGAAGGCGUGGUAUGGUCCCGGCUGUAACAAGCUGUGCCCCCCUUGCAAACAACUAGCAUGCCUACCAGAAGAUCAGGAAUGUUUGGAAUCUUGCCAAACUCAGUCCCCAAACUGGUGGAGGAGAAAGUGUACCCUUUACCAACCUAUGCCAGACAAACGGAGUAUUCCUUGUGGAGUGCCCGGAGUGAGUUGCAGAGUUUGGAAAACAUUCGAUUCUAACGGUACCUGGAGUCUGAGUGGGGGUACUGGGAUUGCUUUGGAGACGCAAGAUUCACUUAAAAACUUGAAAUCUUUUUCCGUUGCCCUGAAGAGUCUGGACAUACUGGAAAGCACUGUAUUUACUAAGCAGACAAGGGAGACCUGCACGCUGCAUAUCUCUUUCUUAACAUCAGGACAGUGGUGGUUGUCCUCGCUGGAGCUGGUGAUGGUGACAGGAGAUAAAACCAGCCCUUUGUGGAGCACCAGUCUGCGGGUCAAGUCCCGAGUAGUGUCGUUAAGACUCCGCUCACACGACCUUCACAUCGGACCUGCUGUUAACUUCAGUAUCAGAGUCAGGACUCAUCUUUACGAGGCCAGGGGGGACCUCGUCAUCAGUAGACUUGAGUUUGCGGGCUGUAAGUAGAGGGAGUUGGAGUUUAUACCUCCUUAAACCAACAGACAAACGCUGUUUAACAACUCUUCCCUGUCUUCAGUGGAAAAAAUUGGACUGGAAAAACAUAAUUCCGAAAGUACUGUGUCAAGAAUAUUGGUGUGAGUUAGAGACGGGGGAAUGGAUUUCAAUAUAAUCCCUCAAUAACGCAGUUAUUGUCAAUGUGUAAACGGAAUAUAAAAUAAAAGGUUAUUUCUUCUGUUCUCAAAUCAAGUAAUAAGAGGACUUGUCGUUUGUAAGAUGUUAUCGGUGAUUAAGGGCACUGACAAGAGACUAUAUCUUUUUAUCAUAAUCUAAAAUGUUCAAUUAUAUCAACAAUGCAUUGGUCCAGAGCUUUAUAUUAC